CUCUCUGCCGGAGCCCAUCCUAUAAAUUACUUUGGCAGCUAGUCUCUGGUAUUACUGUUCAGCUGAUCUGUUAAAUCAUCCGAGCAGUGAACUCGGAGAUGGCAAGAAUGGAGCUUGCACCGCUCAGACCAUGGGACGACUUCUUCCCAGGAGCUGAUCGUUUUGCUAAACCCGAUUUCGCAGAUUUAGCUAAAUGGAACAACCGGGUGAUCAGCAACUUGUUAUACUACCAGACCAAUUACUUCGCAGUGGCCGUCGUGGUUUUCCUGGUCGUGGGAUUUCUGAACCCUCUUGGGAUGUUUCUGGGCGGGGCAGUGGUUUCUCUGGUCUUCAUGGUUUCGGUGUGGGCAGGAGAGAACAAGAAUUUCAUCAAGAACUUCAAGAAGAAAAACCCCUCCCUGUUUGUCAUCGCUGUCAUGGGAACGAGCUACUUCCUGCUGUCACUAUGUGGUGGAGUGAUGGUCUUCAUCUUUGGAAUUACUUUUCCCUUGCUGUUGAUCCUGGUCCAUGCGUCUCUGAGGCUGCGCAACAUGAAGAACAGGCUGGAGAAUAAGAUCGAAGGAGUGGGCAUGAAAAAGUCCCCAAUGGGCAUCAUCCUGGAUCUACUAGACCAACAGGAGGAGAAGAUCAACAAGAUCCAGGACUUCCUGGAGUCUAAGCUAAACAAGGAGUGAGGGGAGAGAGCGAAAAUGUUACCCUCAUUCAAUUCAACAUGGUUUGCUUUUUCCUUUAACACUAAAGUCAAGUGUUGAUUUUUACACCGCAUAAUGUCAGUGCUGUCACAUUUCCUCCAUUUGUCAUUCUCACUCCAUUUUGUUAUAUUGAAUGAACACUUUUUUUUAAUACAUUUUGUGUCAAAGUACCUUAUUUCUUUAGAGCAUUUCAGAAAGAUUUGUACAGUCCUGUAUGGAUCGUAUGUUGGGAAGGCACUCGGCACAAUGAAAUGAGGCAUGAGUGUUUCUGUAUAUUUGCCCAAUAAUGUUCAAAGGAACACAAUACACAUGUUGUCAUUAUGUAAUUGCUAUAUAUAUAUAUAGAGCUGAAUGCCAGAAUGCAGUAACUAUUACACGUUAAAACAAUUGUGUUCAAUAGCAUAUCUUCUAGCUUUAUUAUAUUAAAUAAGCAAAUAAUUUAAUCAGAAUCAAUUUAUUUGCUACCUCAGAUAACUAUAUUUCCUCUCCUAAUGCUGAACUAGUGUCACUGGGCUCCCCUUCUAUUCACUGGACCAGUGACUGCAUAUUAACAAGUAGCAAUAAUAUCCCUCUUGUUACUUCAGACCCUGUGGGUUGGGCUUGAGAUGAACAUUUUCCGCUCAUGGCUAUGCAAUAUGGGAAAAGGAAUGGCAAAUGCAGCUUUAUUCAUUCAAGUAAUCAUGGUGUAUAUGUUUACGUUGUGCUUUCAUGUCUCAUUGAAUCUACUUGUGUAUUCAGCAGAAAACGAGUGUCAAGCACCAAAGUAUUGCUGAAAAAAGAAUCAAUGCAUGUUACCUCUGUACUAUUAAAUAUCACACCCAUUAUGAAUGCCUGA